CCUCUACUGAUGACGUUUUGUACGUCCGUAUGUUUAUUGAGGAACUGCAGUAGCCAAGUGCCGAAGAAUAUUCCCGAGUUGACAGUUUUAGCUAGCAUUAUUGACUGAGGCGAGGUUGUUUACGUUUUUUGGUGGAUGGAGUAUACGCUCCAAUGAAAUGACUGACCAGGGCAAUAAUAACCAGAACAUCUCCAGAAACCCGUUUGCAGCCCUCUUCAGUUCUGUUGCUGAUGCAAAGCAGUUUGCAUCGGGCCAGAAGCAGGACCACAGCAAGCCACCAUCGGAAGACUCAGGGGACAGCCAAUCGGAGUCUGAGAAUUCAGUGUCAGACAGCAUCGAGGACAACGAUGACUCGGUGGCUGAGAUAAGCAGGUCCUUCCGCUCGCGACAGGAGCUAUGUGAACAGCUCAACGUCAAUCACAUGAUACAGAGGAUCUUCCUCAUCACACUAGACAACAGUGACCCGAGUUUAAGAGGAGGCAAUGGCAUCCCUUCACGAUGUGUUUACCUGGAGGAGAUGGCGGCCGAUCUGGACGGACAGGAUUGGCUUGACAUGGACACCAUUGAGCAGGCCUUGUUCAACAGACUGCUCCUGCUGGAGCCUGGUAACCACCUCAUAUACAUGACGUCAUGCAGUGCGGUGAACCUGUCUGCAGACAGAGACGCGGGCGAGAAGAAUGCCGUACCAUACCUCUACGCAUGUUACCAAAGAGCCAAAGAAGAGGUCACUAAAGUGCCAGAGAAGCUGCUACCAUACGCCGUGCGCUGUAAGAACCUCAGCGUGUCCAACGCCCGCACCGUGCUGCUCACGCCCGAGAUCUACGUCAACCAGAACAUCUACGAGCAGCUCCUGGACCUCCUCCUGGACGCAGUCAGUGGCGCACAACUUGAGCAGGUUGCUGAGUUUAUGGAGGAGGUGAUCGCUGGUCUCCUAGCGGACCAGGAGGUACGAACCUUCGGGGAGGUGAUCGUGCCGGUGCUGGACAUUUUUCAUGGUCGCGUCAAGGACCUGGACCUCUGCCAGCUGCUCCUGUACACCUACCUGGACGUGCUCCUCUACUUCAGCCAGCAGAAGGACAUCGCCAAGGUGUUGGUGGAGCACAUUCAGCCAAAGGACCCCAGCAGCGGGCUGCAGUACCAGAAGACUCUCCUGGGCAGCAUCUUGAGCAUCUCGUGCCUGCUGAAGACGCCCGGCGUGGUGGAGACACACGGCUACUUCCUCAGCCCCUCGCGCUCCAGCCCCCAGGAGAUGAAGGUGCAGGAGGCCAACAUACAUCAGUUCAUGGGUCAGUUCCAUGACAAGCUCCACCUGCUCCUGAAGAACCUGCUGCAGCAGAGUAGUGAGACGCGGCACCUGCUGCUCACCUGGCUGGGCGGCUGUCUCCAGGCCAACAUGGGCCGCACCAAGAUCUGGGCCAAUCAGAUGCCGGAGAUCUUCUUCCAGAUGUACGCGGGCGACGCCCUCUUCCUGAACCUGGGCGCGGCGCUGCUGAAGCUGUGUCAGCCGUUCUGCCGGCCCAACUCUCCCAAGCUGCUGACCUUUAACCCCACCUACUGCGCCCUGGGGGAGCUGAGCGAAGAGGAGAGGCGCAACAGGAACGUCCACGCCAGAGGUCUGGACAAGGAGACGUGUCUUAUCCCCGUGCCCCCUCAGCAGAGUGUGGAGUUUGCCCAGUCAUACAGCCUGCUGACAGAAAACCUCAUCCUCACCCAGCUCACGCUGCACAUAGGCUUCCACAGGCUGCAUGACCAGAUGGUGAAGCUGAACCAGUCGCUGCACCGGCUGCAGGGCACGUGGCGGGAGGCCCAGCUGAGCGGGGAGCCGGCGGCCGAGCAGCUCCGCGAGCAGUUUGAGCACCUCAUGACGGUCUACCUGUCCACCAAAGCGGCCGCCACCCAGCCGGCCAUGCUGCAGCACUGCCUCCAGCUGCAGGCCUCUGGCGCCGCCCUACUGGUGCAGCUGGGCAUGGGCAACCGCGGACCCGAGCACCUGCCCCUCUGCUACCCGCUACCCCCGCUCAGCAACAGCCAGCUCUGCCAUGUGCCAGAGUUCUUUGUGGAUAACCUGGGAGACUUCUUCAUCUUCCUGCGGCGCUUUGCUGACGAGGUGCUGGAGACGUCGGCCGACAGCCUGGAGCAGGUGCUCCACUUCAUCACCAUGUUCAUGGGCAACGUGGAGAGGAUGUCCAAUCCCCACCUGCGUGCCAAGCUGGCCGAGGUGCUGGAGGCUGUCAUGCCACACAUGGAGACCGCCUCCGCCGGCACCAACCAGCCAAUCGUCUUUCAGCGCCAGCGGGUCUUCUGCACAUACUGCCACGCCCCUCACCUCGCUGAGGCCCUCAUCACUGUGUUUGUAGAUAUCGAGUUUACGGGUGAUCCUCACCAAUUUGAACAAAAGUUUAAUUACAGGCGGCCGAUGUAUUCAAUAUUGAAGUACAUGUGGAACACGGAGAGCUAUCGGGAGAGUAUCAAGCAUCUGGCCACAUACGCUUCGGAAAACUUGGAGGCCAUGAACCCUCCUCUCUUCCUGCGCUUCCUCAACCUGCUGAUGAACGACGCCAUCUUCCUGCUCGAUGAGGCCAUACAGUUCCUGAGCAAGAUCAAGGUGCUGCAGCUGGAGCGGGAUCGGGGCGCCUGGGACGAGCUGUCUCCGGACGCCCGGCGCGAGAAGGAGUCCAGCCUGCAGAUGUUCGGACAGAUGGGCCGAUUCCACAACAUCAUGUCCAACGAGACCAUCGGCACCCUGGCCUUCCUCACAUCAGAAAUCAAAGGUAUCUUCGUGCACCCCUUCCUGGCGGAGCGGAUCAUCUCGAUGCUGAACUACUUCCUGCAGCACCUGGUGGGCCCCAAGAUGGGAGCGCUGAAGGUCAAGGACUUCAGCGAGUUCGACUUCAAGCCGCACCAGCUCGUCUCCGACAUCUGCACCAUCUACCUCAACUUGGGAAAUGAGGAAAGUUUUUGUGCGAGCGUCCCGAAGGACGGCCGCUCCUACUCCCCGACGCUCUUCUCCCAGACUGUACGGGUCCUCAAAAAGAUCAACAAGCCCGGAGACAUGAUCGUCUCCUUCAGCCUGCUAGCAGACAAGAUCAAGUCCCUGGCAGACCGGCAUCAACAGGAGGAGGAGACGUACUCGGAGGCCCCGGAUGAGUUCCUGGACCCCAUCAUGUCCACCCUCAUGCUGGACCCCGUGGUGCUCCCCUCAUCCAACAUCACAGUGGACCGCUCCACCAUAGCUCGACACCUACUCAGUGAUCAAACGGACCCCUUCAACCGCAGUCCACUGACGAUGGACCAGAUUCGGCCCAACGAGGAGCUGAAGCAGCAGAUUCUGCAGUGGCUGGCGGAGCACAAGAAGGACCAUCACCAGCAGAUGGGCCCCAGUGGAUAAGUUGAUGAAGUCAGGUCUGCCCACUGCCAAAUACGCUCCAAAAAUAAUCUUUAUUCCCAAUUUAAACAGCAACAUUUCAACCACCAUGGAUCUUCCUGAGGUCGUCACCUUGGAGAAAUGUUGCUGUUUUAAUUGAAUGAAGUUUAUUUUUUGAAGCGUAUUUCGCAGUGUGCAGACCUACCUUCUUCAAAUGUCUAAAAUGAUUGUCUGGCAUCUGCAACAAGUGACUGGAUGUGCGCACCCUACCCAAAACGACCACAGUGGAUAAGUGUCAAAUGGCUCCAAAACCAACCGACGAACCAUCGAACGCUUACCGUCCCCACACUUUUUCUCCCUCUCUUCCCUCGCUCUAUUUCUCCAUCUCUUCCUCUCUUGGCAUGCAUGCCUCUCUUGACUCAGCAAGUGUGUGCAGUGCCCUUAGAUGCUGGCGGUGGCAACUGAUGGCCCGCUUUCCAUUCUGCCUGACCGGCCGCUAAUCUUCUACAGCAUUUUGACGUGCAGUUUUGUUUUGUUUUUUUGCAGUGCUCAUGCAAAAAGAAAACAAUACAAGUCAAGACUGGAGUGCUGAGGGGAUGGAGUGGGGUGUUGGGUUCAGUUGGGGGUUGGUAUAUGCAAAAUCAUCUUUCUUUUUUCCCCUGACAUGGAGGAGACCCGUAUUGAUGAGGAGUCAUAACUUGCCCCGGUCCCAACAACUGCCUGGUUUUGUUUCCCUUUUUUCUUUUGCUUUUUUAUUUUGGUGAGAAGAACUCUGUCUGCCUGGUCAAGCCUCAGCGGAUGUAACUGGAGAGACAUCCAAUGGAUGAUUUACUUCUUGCCUUCUGAGUUUUCUUCCCACAUUGUGAAAAUGUCACGUCAGUCAGUUCAUGUUUAUCCUAUUUACUGAACAAACGAGAAGAAUAAAUAAUAAUAAUACGUUGUGAGGCACUUGCCAGCUGAGCUUACCCACUUCUGUAAAUUAAAAUGUGUAUAACAGUUAUAACUUUUGCAAAAACUUUAACAUGCAACUCUUAUUGCUACAUGCCAUAUCACGUGCGGUGAGAUUGGGAUGUAACUCUGGAUGAUUUCUAUGUGUGUGUGCGUGCGCGUGCGUGUGCGUUAAUGUGGAGAGGACUGAACCAAGGACAUGAGGCUUGCCCCAGCUCUCCCUGAAGGGGGGGGUCACACUGUGGAGAAAAAACUGUAACUGAAAAAAACACUUGCCUGGUUUGGUUGUCUUUUUUUAAUGACUUAGGUGUUCUUCUGCUGACGGAAAUGAAUUUGUAACGCUCAGAUUUUGAAAUGAUAAAAAAUCUGUUACUCUAGCUGUCAGUUGCCACAGAGUUUCACAAGGAAUAUUAACAUUUUGGCAAAUUAAUGUGUUUUUUGUUUUGCUUUGUUUAGUUGAUCUUCCAAUUAAACUCAAGUGACUUAUUUAUAUGUUGGCCUUUUUAAAAAUUGUACUUUUUAUGAAUUAAUUGCUUGAUUGAUUCUUGUAUUUACUUGUUGGAUGGAAUGCAAGGGGUGACUGUUCUUUCAAAUAUGAAGGUUUUCAUCAUUACAUUUAACAGGAACUUUAUUUACUAAAGUAAUUCUUCCUCAAUAAUGUGUUUUCUGGAAAUCAUUUAUUAAUUCAAGACGCUGUUCUCUUGGCAUUUUUUUCUUUGCAUAUUUCUGUUAUUUUUAAUUUUGCACCAAAGACUUUGGUGAGAAAUGCAGCUCAACCACCUUUCCCAAAAUUAAUUCCACAUAUUCAAGUUUUGCAUUGGAUGGUAUACAACAUGACCUUUUGCUAUGAACUAAUUCACCUGUGCAAUUCUGUGGCAAUUCUAUUGUGUUUUAUCUGUAGAAGCUAUUCAUUGAUUCUGGUCAGCCUUUUUAAACUAUCUGAAUUGUGUUGUGUAAAAUAAGUAACUUUGUGAAGUAAGUGGAAUAAACUAGUAUAAAACAAA